GAAUUGAGAAGGAUCUGUUAGAGUGAGGAACAGUCAGUGAUCCAGAAGCCUCUGCACCAUGAGUGUCUCUGCAUUGAGCCACACCAGGCUCCUGGGCAGCAUCUCUGGGCUCCUCCAAGUGGCCUCCCUGUUUGGCCUGCUUCUGCUGCUGUUCAAGGCAGUUCAAUUCUACCUGCAAAGGCAGUGGCUGCUCAAAGCCUUCCAGCAGUUCCCAUGCCCACCCUCCCACUGGUUCUUUGGGCACAAGUAUGAGUUCCAAAACGACCAGGAGUUGCAGCAAAUGAUGAAAUGGGUGGAGAAAUUCCCGAGUGCCUGUCCUCGCUGGCUGUGGGGAAGUCAGGCCACUCUUUUUAUCUAUGAUCCUGACUACAUGAAGGUGAUUUUGGGGAGAUCAGACCCCAAAUCUCUUGAUAGCUACAGAUUCCUAGCUCCCUGGCUUGGCUAUGGUUUGCUCCUGCUGAAUGGGCAGAAAUGGUUCCAGCACCGGCGGAUGUUGACUCCAGCUUUCCACUAUGACAUCCUGAAGCCCUACGUGGGAAUCAUGGUGAACUCUGUCCAGGUGAUGCUGGACAAAUGGGAGAAGCUCAGUGAUCAAGACUCCUCUCUGGAGAUCUUCCAAUACAUCUCCUUGAUGACCCUGGACACCAUCAUGAAGUGUGCCUUCAGCUACCAGGGCAGCGUCCAGUUGGAUGGGAAUUCCCAGUCCUACAUUCAGGCCAUUGAAGAUCUGAAAAACCUGUCAUUUUCCCGUGUGAGAAGUAUCUUUUAUCAGAACGACAUCGUGUAUAGUCUGAGCCGCCAGGCCAGUCGGGCUGGCCAGAUCUCCCAUGAAUAUACAGAUCACGUGAUCAAGAAGAGGAAGGAUCAAUUACAGGAAGAGGGGGAGCUGGAGAAGAUCAAGAAGAAGAGGCACUUGGAUUUCUUGGAUAUCCUCCUGUUUGCCAAAAUGGAGAAUGGGAGCAGCUUGUCUGAUGAAGAACUGCGUGCUGAGGUGGACACUUUCUUGUUUGAGGGCCAUGACACCACAGCCAGUGCCUUCUCCUGGAUCUUGUAUGCUCUGGCUACAAACCCCCAGCACCAGCAGAGGUGCAGGGAAGAGGUAGAGAGCCUCCUGGGGGAUGUAGCCUCUGUCACCUGGGACCACCUGGACCAGAUGCCCUAUACAACUAUGUGCAUUAAGGAGGCCAUGAGACUCUACCCACCAGUACCAACUGUGUCCAGAAAGCUGAGCAAACCUGUCACCUUCCCUGAUGGACGCUCUCUACCCAAAGGUGCCAAAGUCUCACUCGCCUUUUAUGCUCUUCACCAUAACCCGAAGGUGUGGCCAAACCCAGAGGUGUUUGACCCUUACCGGUUUGCACCUGGUUCUGCCAAACACAGCCACUCAUUCCUGCCCUUCUCAGGAGGAUCGAGGAACUGCAUCGGGAAACAAUUUGCCAUGAAUGAACUGAAGGUAGCCGUGGCCCUGACCCUGCUCCGUUUUGAGCUGCUGCCAGAUCCUACCAGGACUCCAGUCCCCAUUACACGAGUUAUACUGAAGUCCACCAUUGGGAUCCACCUGUAUCUCCGGAAGCUUCAACAAUCCUAGUGGGAGCAAGGACAGGCUCUGAGGACCUCCUGCUCACUGUUUUGGCUUUCUGUCACCUGCUCCUGUCCUUGUCUGGCUGCACAGAUUUUACUUUCUCUCUGCCUACAUUCCCUUUGCAUCCACCUGCUAUGGUACCUUUGUCCCCCUAUCUGUUCUUUUUUUUUUUCUUUUACCUUCCUCCAGAAUCCCCACCUUAUCUAUUUAAUUUUCUUCUUAAUUGCCUUCAUUUUUUAAUUUAAUUUUGUUAUCACGGUGAUGU